AUGGCGACCCUCCGCGUCCCGCGACGCCCGACCUGCGUCCUCUCCAUAACCUCCCUGACGCCGCAGACCAGCACCACGACCUCGUCGGUAUCGCGGACGUCCCUCGCCCCUUCCUUCCUCUCGGCCCAGACCCAGCAGCAGACCCGCAACGCGAACCUGAUCCGCCGGCACAAACGGCCCUACUUGUUCACGCAGCUGGUGCAGCUCUCGGACGGAUCGACGUACACGAUGCGGACGACGAGCCCGUACGCGCUGUACAAGUCCACCAAGGACACGCGGAACCACCUGCUGUGGAACCCGUCGGAGCGGGGCCUCAAGAACGUCGAGGUCGACGAGGCGGGCAAGCUGGCCGCCUUCCGCGAGAGGUUCGGCCGCACCUGGGACGCCCCUGCCGUGGCCUCGGAGGAGGACGACUCUGCCUCUUCCGCGGAAGGAGGGGAGGGGGCUGCCGCUGGCAAGUCGGCUAGGGAGGCGGCAGAGCAGGAGGACGAGGACGAUUUCUCGCUCGAUGAUCUGAUUGCCAGGCAUGCGGUGCCUGUCGCCGAGGAGAAGUCCAAGGUGUUCCCGGGCAAGAAAUAA